CCGGCGGGAAACUGAUAAUUUGGGGGAAAAAUCCCUCCCUCCAAAAACGAUCCAAUUUGUCCAAGUUCCCCUUUUCUUCCUCACUUUUCUACACCCACCUUAAACCCUAAUCCUCUCUUGCUCCCUUUCUGCAUCCUAUACUCCCCCACAAUUCACCCCGAUUCCAGGGGUUCCCGAUCGCCGGAACGGACGUAGUCGCAAUUGGACUGCUCGAAGUCGAGCGAGAGAGCAGAAGCUCGCUCCGGCCAAUUUCGUAACUCUCUCUCUUCCAUCUCCCUCAUCGCAGCAUGCAUUUUCCGUCCAUGGCAUUAGUCGAAGAACCCAGCGACGAGAAGGUAUUUAAGCCGAUCCUCGAAGACGACGGGGACAUCAACUUGGAUAACCAGACCGACGCACCAGUACGUUACGUGUCGCUGGACCAGGUCUACACUGCGGCGUCGCUGUGUGUCAGCUCCGGGGGCUCGAAUGUCAUGUCCAAGAAGGUGAAAGCGCGGAAAGUUAGCUCCGACGAGGAAGAUCGGGUUCCCAAUCGGCCUCCUAUUAUAAAUGUGUAUACUCGCAAGUAUAAAAAGGCUCGCGUUGUCGAGAAGAAACUGUCAUCUGUAGAAUCGUUGCUCGCGAGGACCGAUGAGGGGCCGGUCCUGGAAGUUAAAGUGAAGGAGGAAAUGAUAGAGUUCGGGGAUAUGGUCGAGGAUGAUUUGGGGAGGAAGGCGAAGAAGAGGAGGAUUGGGAGCGGUGAGUUGGUUAGAUUGGGGGUUGAUUCCAGUGCUUUGCAAGGGUUUGAUCGCCCGCGAUUGAGGGACUGCCGGAAUCAUCAAGUGAAUGGGACCAAUAAGGUGCGGAAGAAGAAGAAGAGCGAUCUCGUGCAGAUUUCUGAUAAAGUUUCGUCAAUCCCACCAAGUACUAGAAGAUGGGUUAGGUUGAGCAUUGAUAGCGUUGAACCAAAAACUUUCAUCGGGCUUCAAUGCAAGGUAAGUUUCACAUUCUUCAAUUGUUCUGAAGAAUCAGUGUAUUGGCCUUUGGAUGUUGACUGGUAUUCAGGUCGUAUUAUUGGAUACAAUUCUGGGACUAAUCAGCAUCAAAUACACUAUGAGGAUGGAGAUGAUGAGAAUGUAAUGCUUUCAAAAGAGAAGGUUAAAUUUUUUAUUUCCCGUGAAGAGAUGGAAGAACUGAACUUGAGUUACAGUACAAAAAGCAGCAAUGAUGGCAGCCAUGAAUAUGAGGAGAUGGUUGUGUUAGCUGCCAGUUUGGAUGACUGCCAAGAACUUGAACCUGGAGAUGUCAUAUGGGCAAAACUAACUGGUCAUGCUAUUUGGCCAGCUAUUGUUGUUGAAGAAUCAGUUAUUGGCAGCAGUAGAGGUUCAAAGACGAAUUUGGGAGGUAGAUUUGUCCCUGUGCAAUUCUUCGGUACUCAUGAUUUUGCUAGAAUUAAAUCAAACCAGGUUAUCUCAUUUCUGAAAGGACUUCUUUCCUCUUUCCACCUGAAGUGCAAGCAACCCCGUUUUGCUCGCAGCUUGGAAGAAGCAAAGAUGUAUUUGAGUGAACAAAAGCUUCCUACAAGAAUGUUACAGUUGCGAAAUAGCACGAAUACAGAUAGUUGUGGACAUGCAAAUAGUGACAAUGAACGGAGUGCAGAUUCAGGUGACGAUUGUAUCGCAGAUGAAGGGAUACAAAGGAUAUUGAGGGGCCUCCAAACUUCUCCGUAUGUUAUUGGAGAUCUGCAAAUCAUAAACCUUGGAAAGAUUGUGAAGGAUUCAGAAUAUUUCCAGGAUGAAAAAUCCAUCUGGCCUGAGGGAUAUACUGCCUUGCGGAAGUUCAGUUCGGUAUCAGACCCAGGUGCGUGUACCGUUUAUAAGAUGGAAGUGCUGAGAGAUUCCGAGUCAAAGAUUAGGCCCCUGUUUAGAGUGACACUUGACUAUGGAGAGCAGAUUGAAGGAUCAACUCCAUCAGCUUGCUGGAAUAAAAUCUAUGAAAGAAUUAAGAAACUGGAAGAUACAUCUGGUGAUUUAAAUGGUGGAUGUCAAGUAGAAAGGACCCGCCAGUCUGGUUCUCACAUGUUUGGUUUCUCUUACCCUGAAGUCAGCAAACUCAUAAAGGGAAUAUCGAAAUCCAGAUUUAUAUCUGGAAUGUCAACAAGCAAGUCACUAUCUGACAGAUAUCAAGAUUUGCCUGCUGGCUACAGACCAGUUCGAGUUGACUGGAAGGACCUUGAUAAGUGCAAUGUCUGCCAUAUGGAUGAGGAAUAUGAAAACAAUCUCUUCCUGCAGUGCGAUAAAUGUAGAAUGAUGGUCCAUGCUAGGUGCUAUGGGGAACUAGAACCUGUUGAUGGUGUCCUGUGGUUAUGUAACUUGUGCCGUCCUGGAGCUCCUGAGUUCCCACCCCCUUGUUGCCUUUGUCCUGUUAUAGGUGGUGCUAUGAAGCCUACAACAGACGGGCGAUGGGCUCAUCUUGCUUGUGCCAUUUGGAUACCUGAAACUUGCUUGUCAGAUGUAAAGAGAAUGGAGCCCAUUGAUGGUCUAAAUAGAAUAAACAAGGAUCGAUGGAAACUUCAAUGCAGUAUCUGUGGUGUAGCUUAUGGUGCUUGUAUUCAGUGUUCAAACCAUAAUUGCUGCGCAUCAUAUCAUCCACUUUGUGCUCGUGCUGCUGGCCUUUGUGUUGAGCUAGAAGAUGAGGAAAGACUAUAUCUGCUUUCUAUGGAUGAUGAUGAAGAAGACCAAUGCAUUCGUUUAAUUUCCUUCUGCAAAAGGCAUAAGCAGCCAUCUAACGACCGACAAAUUGCGGAUGAACGUAUUAGUCGAGUUUCUCGUCGUUGCUCUGACUACGUUCCACCAUGUAAUCAAUCUGGCUGCGCUCGUACAGAGCCUUACAAUCAUUCUGGACGAAGAGGACGCAAGGAACCUGAUGCCCUUGCUGCUGUAUCCUUGAAGCGUCUGUUUGUGGAGAACCAGCCUUACCUUGUUGGAGGUUAUUGCCCAAAUGAGUCAUCAGGGGUUCCACUUUCUUCAAGUGGUGGUGCUGGCACUCGAUUUUCUUCUACUCUACAAAGGCUAAGAGCCUCUCGCCUUUCUGUUCCAAACAAUAUUCUUUCUAUGGCUGAGAAAUAUAAUAACAUGAGGCAGACCUUUCGAAAGAGACUGGCAUUUGGCAAAUCAGCAAUUCACGGAUUUGGCAUCUUUGCAAAGCAUCCACACAGGGCGGGAGACAUGAUGAUUGAGUACAGUGGUGAACUUGUUCGACCUCCUAUAGCUGAUAGGAGAGAACAUCUAAUAUACAAUUCAUUGGUGGGUGCUGGUACUUACAUGUUUCGGAUCGAUAAUGAACGAGUUAUUGAUGCUACACGGGCAGGAAGCAUUGCUCAUCUGAUUAAUCACUCGUGCGAGCCCAAUUGCUAUUCUAGAGUUAUAAGCGUGAAUGGUGACGAGCAUAUCAUUAUCUAUGCAAAGCGAGAUAUUAAAAGAUGGGAAGAACUUACCUAUGAUUAUAGGUUUUUGUCAAUCGACGAACAACUACCAUGCUACUGUGGUUUCCCACGAUGCCGUGGUGUGGUUAACGACAUUGAAGCCGAGGAGCACAUGGCAAAGCUUUCUGCGCCUAGCAGUGAAUUGAUAGACUGGACGGGAGAGUGAAAGAGGUAAGGCGUGACGUGUUUCAAUAUUGCUCUUACACUGCUGAAGGAUCAAACUUUCUCAUAUGAGAUGAAUGCAUGUUUCAAUAUGGUUAUGUUCCUCUUCCCUUAUCAAAUGGAGCUUGCAGAGCUUUUCUGUACUUCUAUCAUAUCGUCAGAUCUUCCGCCCCACGGAGUAAAUGACGGAUCCCCUGCUAUUCUUCUACCCAGUUUGCAGUCGCUUUCGGCUUAGAGGAAAAGCUGGCCGGGACAGGGAAAUAGCUAAUACGCUUUACUAACAAGUACCUGUUCAUCAUCUAGUACAGUCCCUCCUCGCACCAUGUAACUUCCAGCAACUGUUAGCUGAGUGUCGAUUUCUAUGCAUCGACGUGCCCCAAGCUCGCCCAAAUCGUGUGCAUGCAUAGGCUGAGAUGCGGAUGGCUGCCUCCUUGCUGCGCCUUCACGUAUAAGAAUGUGAUGGCUGAUGGGUCUGUGCUGCUGGAUAGUGGAUGGGACUGAGGGCGACAAGUUAUUUCGUCGCAACAACAGCUUCAAUUGUUUGGGAUCUCGUGUAUGAAACAGAGUGGUGGGCCGCCGUGGAAAGUCCCGCUUGGGAGAAGAGAUGGGCUGGUGGCUAAUCCGGAGCAGGUUAUCUUUCAGGCCCAUUCGACAACCUCACCUUGAUCGUCGCCAAGUUUGCUGCAGUUGGCCUUGAUAGUCUCAUUGA